CUCCUCUCACAAGAAGAAGAAGAAGACAAAGAAAAUGGCGCAUGGUCUGUUUUGUUGAAUGUUCGACUGUUUCUCUAAACGAGUUUAUCAACGAGCCGUUAACUGCUGCUGAAGAAACAUUCACAGAGUUUAAAGAAAUCAUCGUCAAGUCGGAGGAAGAGAUGGAUGAUCAUCGCAGACUGCUGGAUUUCUCCCGGAGGCCCCAGAUAAUCUUACACCGAAUAGAUUGCCUGCAGUGUAACAUUUAUUACCAGGAGAGGAGAUCCACUUUGGACCAGGAGGAGUUGGAACCUCUGCAGGUGAAACAAGAACAGGAAGAGCCUGAAGAUCAUCAGAUAAAAGAAGAGCAGGAGGAUCUAAAACACCAGCAGAUAAAAUUGGAAGAGAAAGAAGUUUACUGCAGUCAGGCUGAAGAACAGAUUGAAUUAAAACAGGAGACUGAUACCUGCAUGGUGGUUCCUGUUGAUGAGCAAACAGACCACACUGAAUCAGAACCAAACAGGAACCAAGACAUCUUCCAGGAAGCUGCUGAAGCUGAGAACCAAAAUCAGGAAAGAAGAAAACCUUUCUCAUGUGUCAUCUGUAAAAAGCGUUUGACUUUCAAAUCUGUUUUUGAUGCUCACAUGAGAACUCACACUGGUGAAAAGCCGUUUUCAUGUGUGACCUGUGGAAAAAGUUUUAUUCGAAAACAGGAUUUAACUAAGCACAUGAUGAUUCACACUGGUGAAAAGCCGUUUCCGUUUUCAUGUGUGAACUGUGGAAAGAGAUUUAGUCUAAAACAGGAUUUAACUCAGCACAUGAUGAUUCACACGGGUGAAAAGCCGUUUUCAUGUGUGACCUGUGGAAAAAGUUUUAUUCGAAAACAGGAUUUAACUCAGCACAUGAUGAUUCACACGGGUGAAAAGCCGUUUUCAUGUGUGACCUGUGGAAAAAGUUUUAGACAUAAACAGGAUUUAACUAAGCACAUGAUGAUUCACACUGGUGAAAAGCCGUUUUCAUGUGUGACCUGUGGAAAAAGUUUUAUUCGAAAACAGGGUUUAACUCGGCACAUGAUGAUUCACACUGGUGAAAAGCCGUUUUCAUGUGUGACCUGUUUAAAAAGUUUUAGUCAUAAAAAUAGUUUAAUUCGGCACAUGACGCGUCACACAGUUGAAAAGCUGUAGAAGUAUGUUCCAUAAAUGUCCUAUGUUGUAUUUGUUAAAUGUGAUCAUUUUGAUCUUCACAUUUGGAUACUUAGAGAUGUUCAACCAUGACACAUUUUCCUUCAUUGAUGUUUUAUUUUUCUGGUAUAUUCUGUAUCAAAAA